AGGAUUUCACACAAUUAAAAAGAUAAAGACGAGAAGGCGUCUCACUUUGGAGAUCUUCCCUCCACAGUCAGAACACAGACAGAAGGAAACAGCCUUCACUCUGGUCUUCUUCUGGAGCACAGCGCUGACAGUAGGUGUGUGGCCCGGCCCCCGGCCCCCACCCUCCACCGUGGACAGUGUGCUGUAUAAAAAAAGGAGUGGAGCCGUAACGGAGCAGCCCAGGAUGCGUGAAGAUUGUUGUCCCCUCAGCUGGAAAUCAACCAGAACCAUCAUGCCGUCAUUGGUGGGCGUGGCCCUGCUGACCCUGGCGCUCUCGACCCCCACCCUGGCUUUUGCUCCAAUCGGAGGAGGCGGAGCUUCCCAUGUCACCAUAACUGGAUCUGCUCUGCUGCAAAAAGUGAAGGAGACAUGUCGGGCGGUGGCUGAAGAAGCCGGUCAUGAGUUCAACCCCACGGGUUCUUCUCCUGAGGAACUGGUCCAGGCCUGUCUUGGCCCCAGAGCUACAGGAGAAGUGUCUGGUGCCAAGUUCCACUCAGCUCUGCAACAGAUCUACGCCCAGAACGGGCUGGUAGACCGUGACUUUGUCAACAGCGCUCCACAUCAUUUCAACUCUGAAGCAUUUUACGAGGGGCGCGGCCUCAUCACGGAGGGCAUCGCGGCCAUUAAAGCCAGCAUCCGUCAGGAGAACUUCCAGGCUGCCAGGGAAACGCUGGGUAGAGUCCUCCAUACGCUGCAGGACUUCUACAGCCACAGUAACUGGGUGGAGCUGGGCUACACGGAGCCGUAUAUCAACCUCAUACGCCCACACCUUCCGCUGGAAAACCUUGCAGACGUGGACACCGCCACCUGCACUGACUGCCCCAGUGCAUCAUGUCCAAAUCAGAUGCUCCCCGAGAUCCUGAAGGAUAAAACACUCACAUCGGGCUACAUGGGACUCUACUCUUCAGCAAAGCCCAAAGGUAAGUGUAGCCAUGGAGGUGCAGGCGAUCUGACGAGCACAGCGAUUCCACGGGGAGGCAUCAGCAAAGACCAGCGUCGCUCUGACAACGUGCUCCUCCACAAUGCAGCUGUGACAGCAGCUGGAGACGCCAGCCUCCAGCUGCUGGAGGACAUCCGUUUGAGUGCAGGGAACAAUAACUUCCUGAGAAUGAUGGGGAUCGCCCGCUCAUCCGUUGUGUGCUUUGUCAUCGACACCACCGGCAGCAUGUCAGAUGACAUUAAAGAAGCCCAAUCGGUCGUUUAUGAUAUCAUUGACAGCAAAAAAGGAACUCAGGACGAGCCCUCAGAGUACAUCCUGGUGCCCUUCAACGACCCAGCCUUUGGACCUAUGGUCAGGACAACAGAUCCUGAAAAGAUGAAAAGGGAAAUCUCUAAGCUCAAAGCAGAUGGUGGUGGUGAUGUCCCAGAAAUGUGCCUCUCAGGACUUCAGUUGGCUCUCACUGGGUCCCCUUCCUCGUCCCACAUCUAUGUUUUCACUGAUGCGAUAGCCAAAGAUAUUCACCUCAAGGACAGCAUAGUUGCUCUCAUCAGGACCACCAAGUCAACAGUUUCAUUCUUCAUGACUCCGACCAGGAGGAGGCGUCGUUCUCUCAAAGCUGCUUCCUUUGUAGAUUACAAGGACUUGGCUUUGGCAUCUGGAGGUCAGGCCAUCGAGGUAUCAAAGUCGCAGCUGCCUCAGGCCACAGAUGUUAUCCUCGACAGUUCGACUUCCGCCCUGGUUACAGUUCUUCAGCGGGCAAGGAAUGCAGCACGGGAAGAGACAUUCCCGUUCGUGUUGGAUGAAUCGCUGAAAAACAUCACAAUCUACAUCACAGGAUCAUCCAUCACUUUCACGCUGACAAACCCUGGAGGUGUGAGCCAGACUCAAAACCAGGCCAACGGGAAACUGGGGACCAUUCAGACGGUGGGCAACCUGAGGAGAAUUCGCCUGAACCCUGACAGGCAGUUAGGAAGGUGGAAGAUCAACAUCAAAUCCCCCCAGCCGUACACGCUCAAAGUCACAGGCCAGAGCACAAUCACUUUCAUUUAUGACUUUGUGGAGAGCUUCGGGGGACCUCAUCCAGGAUACGCUGUACUCAGUGGACGUCCACAAGCAGGUCAGCCAGCCACAUUGAAGCUCUCAGCCAUUGGUAGAAAAGGUGCAUCCUCGAUGACUGUUGAAGGUGUUGGCUUGGCUCUUGUGUCUGGUCCUGAGGCCAUAACCCACAGCACGCUGACUGACAUGGGGAACGGAGACAUCCUGGUGACUGUUUCUACGGUCCCUGAGGGGGAGUUUGUUGUCGUUCUGAAAGGAACUGACAAAGUGUCAAACAGUGAAUUUCAGCGGCAGUCAACCACCCAGAUGUCUGUCUCCAAAGUGAAUAUUCAGGCUACAGUGGGCAGCAGUGUAGAACCAGGAGAAGCCUUGGCUCUUCCUUUCAACGUGAUGACCCAGGGUGCUGGAGGCACAUACACCAUUGACGCCAGAAAUGACAAAAACUUCCACAUGGAAUACCCAAAGAAACUCACUUUGACAACCGGAAAACCUGCCAAUGCAACUUUGAAGAUUAAACCACCUGCUAGCACAAAGUCAGGAACCGAUGUCACUCUGACGAUUGAAACCAAGUCAUCCGAUGGAGCCAACUCCAAUUACGUCGUCCUGAGAUUGUCUGUUGUCACCAAGAUUACAGAUUUUUAUCCACCGCUGUGUGAGGUGGUGACUGUGCUGGCCGAUGACUGUCCUCAAGACGUGUCCCAGUGUGGGCCUUUCCGGUGGGCGCUCACGGCCAACCUGACAGACGGGAAUGGCACGGGGAUCGAGAGCAUCUCCCUGAGUCAAGGAAGCGGAAACAUCUCACACACGGCGCUGAGUGCUACCUUCAUCCAAGCGCAGUACAACGCCUCCUGCUGCUCGCAGAUUGUUGAGCUCGUAGCCGUGGAUAAAGCCGGCAAUGUGGGAAAGUGCUAUCGUUCAAUUGUUCACUCAGGUGUGCCUCCAGCUCUUAGCCUGUCGAUGCAGCUGUGGCUUUGCCUGUUGGUAUCUGUGUUUGCUGUAAGGCCUUGAAAGGGUUUCCAUUCGUUCAGUCAAUCAUCUGUUUUCUCUCUAAAUGUUGAGUUUUUCUAAAACAAUGCACAUCUACAUAAACGUAAAAAACGAUGACGCUUUAUGCACCUGCUUAAGUACAAUCUGCAAGCAACAGAUGAUGUGGAAGAUGUUUAACUAUUGAACAUUGAUACAUUUUGUAUAAAUAAGUAGCUUUUUGUCAUGGUUUCUAUUGUUUAUAGUUCUGAUUAUCUUUGGAAGAAGGGAACAAUUUUCAGCCAUUAAAAUAAAAGAAUAAUGUUUGUCUAUUUAAAA